AUGUCUCAUUACCCCGAAGAGGCCCAUUCCGUGGCCGAGAGCCUCCCCGAUGCACCCGCAGCCCCUACCAAGGCGUCCGCCCGGUCCUUCAAGAAGAAAUUUGCUAAGCUCAAGGUCCAAUUCGAGGUGCGCAUGCGGGACAGCGAGGCGCUCAUCCGCGAGGAAUUACGUAUCCAAGACAUCUCCAAGAGGAUCCAGGAGCAGAAUGAUCAGCUGCUCGAAGUUCUGCUGGAAUUCAAUGACAGUCUUCAUAUCGCCCCGGACGUGCGGUACGAUCUGACGGCUCCCGGCGACGACGACGAAGGCGACUUUCUGCCCACCCCCCACCGAGAACAAUCGCCGGCACACCGAGACCCCACGGCGGCCGCGUCUCGACUGAAGGAUGCGAAGGCGGAGCUGGCGGCCGGACGUCUCUCCGUCGACGCGUACCACGACCUGGAGAACACCAUCAAGCACGGCAAGGCGUUUGCGCCGCGACUGCACUACCGCUCGUUGAUCCAAACCCCUCACACGGACCCCCGGCUCGAAGAGGGCGCCGACGACCGCGCGCCAGGCUCCCAGUUCGAGCAGACUCUGGGCUUCCUCACGCCGGAGCACGAAACCGAGUAUUACCUGUCGAUGGAUGCCAAGCUAGGCGAUGAGUCGGCGGCCCUUCAGCUCGGCCGCGCGACUGACAAGCCGUCCUUUGCCGAACGGGAGCGCGAUGCGGCACUGCGGAAUCCCAUCUCCGUGUACAACUGGCUGCGACGGAACCAGCCGCAAAUCUUCCUCCAGGACAACGAGAAUGCCUCGGAGAAGUCGACCUCGCGGCCGUCGAAUCUCCGCGCCUCGAAGAGGGCGCCUCCCCAGCGCAAGGACGACGACACGCAUGACGAGGACGGCUCGACGGUUGACACGGGUCCCACGUCAGGGAGUGCGAAGAACAAGCGGAAGCGCGAUGACGAGACGGGGCCGAAGAAGGGCGGGGGUGGUAGUAGCCGCGCCAACCGCAAGAAGAAAGAGGAUGGGGGUUCGACUUCGAAGCGAUCGUCGAAGAGAAUGGCAAUCACGAUCCUUCCCCCGGUCACCGACACCGGCGAUGUUGCCUACUCCGACUCCGACAUGGACUCGAUGUCCGUCGACUCCGACGGCGGCGUCAACCUCGAACCCGGGCAGUCCUCCAAACAAGGUCUCCGUAUGGCAGGGCUAGACAUCAGCACGGGGGUAGUGACGCCCGGCGAGGUCGUCACAGACGAUCCGCAGUGGAUGAGAGGCCACGGCACCUACUCCGCCCCCCUCUCAACAUCCAUAAUCGCCACCGUCGCCGGAACCGUCCAAAAAACCAACAAACUGCUCUCCGUGCAGCCUCUACGCGCACGCUACGCCCCCGAAAUCGGCGACCUAGUUGUCGGCCGCAUCGUGGAGGUCCAGUCCCGCCGGUGGAAAGUCGACGUCGCGGCGCCGCUGCUCGCCCAGCUGCCUCUGUCUGCGAUCAACCUGCCGGGUGGUAUCCUGCGCCGCCGGACCAGCGCCGACGAGUUGCAGAUCCGUACGUUCUUCAGCGAGGGAGAUCUGGUUGUUGCGGAGGUGCAGAAUGUGCAUCAGGAUGGUGCGGCGUCGUUGCAUACCCGCUCGCUUAAGUACGGGAAGUUGCGGAAUGGUGUGUUCUUGGCUGUUACUGGUGCGGGUGGGAGCGGGGCGUCGAGCUCGAGUGUCAAGGGUGGGGUGGGUGCUGCUGCCGCGGGGGGAGCCGCGGGGAGUGGUGCUGGUGCGGCCAGUGCAGGCGGCGGCGUUGUGCGGUCUCGUCGACAGGUGUGGACGGUGAACACGGCGAACGGCGGCGGCGACGUGGAUGUCAUCCUGGGCGUGAACGGAUACAUCUGGAUCUCGAAGCACGCGGAAGACACAGCGGCUGCGUCAUCGACAACGGAGAACGUGUCGAUCACGCGCAUGGAAGAGAUGGUCUCCAGCUCGGUGUACUCCAGCCAGAACGACGAGAUCGCGCCGCAGACGCGUCGCGAGAUCGCGCGGCUGGCGCAGUGUAUUCGGGUGUUGGUGCAGGGGGGUGUGCGCGUUGACGAGGAGACCGUCAUGGGUGCUUACGAGGCUAGUUUGCAGGUGGAUUUGGAGGUUGGUGACGAUCAUGACGAGGAGGAUGAUGACCUCAGUCGGGAAGGACGGGAGUACCUCGAGGGCGACAAGUCCCAGCGGAUUUUGGAGCAGGUGUUGGCGCAGCAGUAG